UAAGGACAAAGUAGUCAUUCCAAUUCAAACCAAACAAAGAUAUGAAAACUGCUGGCUACAGCCUCUGGUUUUCCCCAAAACUUUGGGCACCAAACCCAUACCCAUCUCUUGCUAUAUAACCAACCCACCUUCAGUUCAUCUUCCUCAUAACAACACAAAACACUUGAUUUAUAGAGAGAUCUUCAAUAUACCAUUCACUACUCAGAAUCAGUUCUUUUACUGUUGAUUUCUGUUUGAGUUUUGGAGAAAGAAAAUUAAGAAGAUGAGUUAUAUGGGGAAAGCUUGGAUAGUGACAGCGAGUGUGGGAGCAGUGGAGGCACUCAAGGACCAGGGCUUCUGCAGAUGGAACUAUGCUAUGAGGUCUAUUCACCAGCACGCCAGGAACAAGCUCAGGUCUUGUUCUCAGGCCCAGAAACUCUCUUCUUCCUCUUCCGCCAUGGCUUCUAGCAGAGUGAGAGAGGAGAAGGCCAAGCAGUCAGAGGAGUCUCUGAGGACUGUCAUGUACUUGAGCUGCUGGGGACCCAACUGAGGAAGAAGCUAUAUAUAUAUAUAUAUAUAUGAAGGUUUUGAUCGUCCUACUAGUGAUGAAGACAGUGGAGGGGAGAGAUUGAUUUCAUGGAAUUUUUGUACAAAGACAUAUACAUGAGGGUGGAAUUGCUGUAAAUUGUAUAGUUUAUUGACGAUGGCUCUAUGAAAUACAUACAUCAUAUAGUGUUUUUUUUCUCAAUAG